AUGGCCAUGGGCGGCGCGUCGUUCCCCUUCCAGUGGCCGGAGGAGCCCGCGGAUGCUGGGCUCGACGACGUCACCUUGCCUCCGCUGCCCACCGCGGUGCCCGACGCCGCCGGGAUUGCUGCUGCGUACUACGCGGACGCCGCGACGUACAUGCACGCGAUGCAGCACAUGGAGGCGCUGCCCGACUUCGCGGCGGCGCUGGCGGCGAUGCGGCGGGAGGAGGAGGAGGCCGCGGGCAUCCGCCUGGUGCACCUCCUCAUGAGCUGCGCCGGCGCCGUGGAGGCGGGCGACCACGCGGGCGCGUCGGCGCACCUGGCCGACGCGCACGCCGCGCUCGCCGCCGUGUCGCCCACCUCCGGCAUCGGCCGCGUCGCCGUCCACUUCACCGCCGCGCUGUCCCGCCGGCUGUUCUCUCCUCCCACGCCUUCGCCUCCGCCCGCCGCCGAAGUCGCCGACGGAGCCUUCCUCUACCACCGCUUCUACGAGGCGGGGCCGUACCUCAAGUUCGCGCACUUCACGGCCAACCAGGCCAUCCUGGAGGCCGUCCAGGGCUGCAGGCACGUCCACAUCAUCGACUUCAGCCUCAUGCAGGGCCUCCAGUGGCCCGCGCUGAUCCAGGCCCUGGCGCUCCGCCCCGGCGGGCCGCCGUCGCUCCGCCUCACCGGCAUUGGCCCGCCCUCCCCGCCCGGCCGCGACGACCUCCGCGACGUCGGGGUCCGCCUCGCCGACCUCGCGCGCUCCGUGCGCGUCCACUUCUCCUUCCGCGGCGUCGCCGCCAACCGCCUCGACGAGGUGCGCCCCUGGAUGCUGCAGGUGUCGCAGGGCGAGGCCGUCGCCGUCAACUCCGUGCUCCAGCUCCACCGCCUCCUCGCCGACGACCCUUCGGCCGACGACGCGCGGCCGCGGGCGCCCAUCGACGCCGUCCUCGACUGCGUCGCCUCCGUGCGGCCCAGGGUGUUCACGGUCGUGGAGCAGGAGGCCGACCACAACAAGCCGGGGUUCCUGGACCGGUUCACGGAGGCGCUCUUCUACUACUCGGCGGUGUUCGACUCCCUGGACGCCGCCAGCGGCGGCGCGGGCGACGCGGCGGCGGAGGCGUACCUGGAGCUCGAGAUCUGCGACAUCGUGUGCGGCGAGGGCGCGGACCGCAGGGAACGGCACGAGCCGCUGCGGCGGUGGCGGGACAGGCUGGGAGGCCCCCGCGCGGGGGCGGGGCUGGCCGCCGUGCCGCUGGGGGCCAACGCGCUGCGGCAGGCGAGGAUGCUGGUGGGGCUCUUCUCCGGGGAAGGACACUGCGUGGAGGAGGCCGAGGGGUGCCUGACACUGGGCUGGCACGGGCGGCCGCUCUUCUCGGCGUCCGCGUGGCGCGCGGCGGAAGAGAACAAUCAGAGUGACAGCUGCAACGCGGACGGCAGCAGGAGAGCAGCGGCAGCGCCAGUGAGGAGAGCAAUAUCAGCUGCAGCAGCUAGGGCAUGGGUAUCCCAAUCGUAG